AUGGCUAAAGGAAGAGCAAAUACUACCAUGAUAAAGUUGGUUUCAACUGCAUUAACUGGAUAUGAAAAAUGGUUCAGAAUUCCUAGAAGUUCGCCAAAAUUAAAUCUUAUAUUAUAUGAUCCAAGAGCUCAAAGACAUUGUCUUUUCAAAGAAGAUAGAAAAAGAAAAAUCGCAGAAAGACCAAAGAAAGAUUUCACCAGAAGUCAUCGUUAG